AUGUUGGUCGGUACGCGGCGAACAGGCCAGUUUUCCGGUUAUCUUUUGUUCACAUACCUGACAACCGGUUGGGCAAUUUAUACCAGUGUAGAGACUAGCAUUUCGUUUUUGGACGCCACUUUGAAACUAUCGGAUGGUAUCAAUCUCAUGGUCUCGGCAAAUUUCAUGAUUGCUAAUUGCGUGCUUCUGUGGAAAUUGUUCACACGUAUCCUUUUCGGUGAACUACGAUUAAUCGAGUACGAGCACAUUUUCGAACGACUUUCGUUCACCAUCGUCAACAGCAUUUUGGUUUCGACCAUGUUCAAAGAACAAGAUUUUCUCGCCGCGCUUUCACUCGCGUCACUUCUCAUAUUCGUCAAAGUUUUGCACUGGAUCUUGAGCGACCGACUGGAACACGUGUUCCAAGUCAAUGCCGAAGACGCUUCCAUUGCGCGUCUCCUGCUCUCUAAAUUUUCUUUUAAUGUCGCGAUUCUCGGUUUAAUAGACGUCCAGAUGAUUCGAUUCUGCCUACACAGGUCCGGGGACCCACAAGAUUCACAGAAUUCAAGUUCUCCUGUGUUUCUUAUCUACGGUAUUGACUUUGCCAUGUUACUCGUAGAAAUCGUUAACGUGGUCUUGAAUGCUUCGAUCAAGAUCAUCGAAUUGCGUUGUUACCAGCGCGCCAAUUCGUUCGACAAUGAGGAUUUCAACGGACUCGAAAACAAGUUUCUGUACGAAAAAUUCGUCGACGUUCUUUGCAGGUUUCUCAAGACUUUGUUACAUUUGUCGCUGUUGAAGCCUUUCCGAAUGCCCAUGAUUUUGGCUAAGGACGUCGUUUGGAAUUGCAUAGCUCUUUACCAAAGCAGCAAGUCUCUUUGGAAAGGCUGGAGAAACAACAAACAACUCGACGAGAAAUUACCCAACGUUGCCUCCCAAGAUCUCGAUUCCCAUGAAGACAAAAUGUGUAUCGUUUGCAUGGACGAUAUGCUUCCACUGGCGGAUGUGACCAGCUCACGAUUAAAGCCAAAGAGAUUGCCCUGCGGCCAUUGUUUGCACUUGGGAUGCUUGAAAAAUUGGAUGGAAAGGUCUCAGACCUGUCCAAUUUGUCGUUUGCCGGUAUUUGAUGAGAAUGGGAAUUUGGCCAUACAUGAAGCGACUCAGUCACGGUCAAGCGAGGUAACCAUCAUGACAACGGCACAACAAGAAAACCCUGAGGUAAUAGUACCUACAGCAGAUGAACCGCAGGAGGUCAACACCCACUCAAUUACGAAACCAAGCACUCAAAUUGAUACUCGCGCGAUUCCUGCAGGCUGGUGCGCGUUCCCUGCGUUGUUUCAAGAGGGUUCUACCAGAUCCUUUUCCAUAACUGCAGUAGAUGGUACCGACAUCGAAGUUUCAUUGGUUGAUCACAACACUUGUCAGGAAGUUGUGGAGCAAAACAGUGAGUUGAAAAGAGUGAUCAUACCGGAUCAAAAUCUUGAAAGCGAACAGGAAAUGGACACAUUGAAGCGAAGAGUUUCAGAAUUAGAAGAAAAGGUCAGUGAUUUGACGAAACGCGCACGAAGGGAGUAA